AUGGAAUUUGCCCGUCACCUAACGGCCAUGUUUCUUUACUCAAGUCAUGGGCAACGACCAAGCACAGUGCGCAAGGGUAUUAGGGAGCUUAAGCAACGACGAAGGCGACGUCAACGAGGAACGGCAAAACAGUUAUAAGUUUACACAAGAGAGGAUAAAGGGGACAGAGAAGGCAUCCCCCAUACACACCCUAUUCCAUAGGUAAUUCGUCUCGAGCUAUUUUUAAGACCACAGAUCCCAAGGGGGAUUAGACAACAGCCAAUCACAUAGCGCGAAUGUGUUCCGCGUGGAUGACCCACGCUCAGAACCAAGCGUCCUUCACGAAUUGACGCUGAAAAAAUGGCGGAAGACGCAGAGAGCGAUAUUGCUAUUCGUUAUGUCGACGAAAACGACUAAAGAGAGAUUUCUACUAAAGCGGUGUCAGCGAAACGGAAAUUAAAAAAGAAUCUCCCUUCCUCUCUUGUAUAGAGCUAACAGUACAGCAGGGAAAUCCUUAACACACUGAAUAUUCCCUCAGGAUCAUUUACAAAUUUACAGUUUGAAGAGUGCAAUUUCUGGUUUGAUAUUUAUUCUUUUAUUAGUCUUUUAUUAUUCAACCAAAAUAACACUUGGCGUCCUACCUGCUUUAUUGUACAAACGACCGGUUUCAAUAGAACGGCGAAAUUUCUCAUUUUAUUAAAGCACUGAGGUUAAGACAACUUCGAGUUAAACUGAUUUCACGGGUUGUCAAAGAGUCCAGCGAUUCCCUUUUCCCAGGUGAGCGCCGACGCAUUUCGCUUCAAUAUUCAGGAAUGCUCUCGAUCUCUUUACGCUUUCAUUGUCUUUCGCCCGACAUGUUUUGCACGGUGUUUAGUCAUACGAAACCUCCACGAAACAUCCAUGCAGCGCGCGAGGUAACUUUAUCCCGAUUCUAAAAAUAACUCGAGACGAAUUACCUAUGGAAUAGGGUGUGUAUGGGGGAUGCCUUCUCUGUCCCCUUUAUCCUCUCUUGGUUUAGAUAAGCAAAACAAAAGUUCUGUACACUUUUCUGUACAUUUCCUUGCCGUCACUGCACGACUACGACGUGAAAAUGCCUAUUUUCACGCUUUGUGGAGGACGUGAACACAAGAGAAUGGCUUUCAUUUUCUUUUCCUGAACUUCGAUACAGUCUUUUAGAAUUCAACUCCACAAAAAAACUGCCAACAUUUGACGAAUUUAACGAGAUGGAAUAAGUGGAAAAAAGUUUGAAGCGUCGCCGUCCUUGUUGUCUUAAAACAUGGCUCUCCACCAAUGUGCGUUCGAAAAAUCGCUCAUUAUGUUACAUAAUUAAGUGUUAAAAUUAGAAGACUAUUUGCUUUUAUUUUAGGGGGUGGAUGGGGCUUUAAGUUCUCCGCAAGUGCAAGUUAUUCAGAAUCCGUGGCACAAAUGUCGUCAGGAGAGUUCUUGUACAUAAUUUCCCAAGCGCAGUGCCGCUAUUACUUCAGCAAAAUGGACCUCACCGAACCACCGCCAUUUCAACCAGGUUUUGUGCGCUGGGCAAAGACACUUGCUAAACCAGAUGCUAACGAAAAUGAUGUUAUUCAGUUCAUUAAAUACUACGGAACUCAUUUCGUGACGGAGGUAACAUUCGGAGCAAGAUUCACAAAAAACCACAAAGUCAGUCAGACAAAAUAUGAAGAGCUCAGAAGCAAGAAAAUAAGCGUUGAGGCACAAGCCAGCUAUUCAGGGCUCUUUAGUGUUGGAGGGGGAUUUUCAAUGGAUAAAGAGCAAAGAUCUGCGGCUUCCAAUUUUCAGAAGUCAGUGCAAACAAGCACCAUCACUGUAGGCGCAGCCCCUCCUAGUAACGGUGAUGCCAUGACGUGGGCCUCCUCUGUCAAGGAGAAUCCGGUGCCAAUAACAUACUCCCUGUCCGCCAUUCACAACCUGUUUACUGAAAGAUAUUCCAAGCAUCUUCCUGGGGUUAACAUGGGCGUUGUGAGAGAGAAGCUGAUUAAUGCAUCCACGAAUUACUGCCAGGCUUUGAAAGACGAGGGACUGGUAGAUUCGUGCGAUGACAGCAUCCAUCUAGGAACUUCCCUGCAAGGUGUCGGAGUACGCCAAUUUGGUAAAUGUUAUUGGAUUUUCUUUAAAAUAUCUAAAGGUCUAAACUUCUACAUCAUACUACUACUCUAAGGUCAAAGCUACUACAUCAUAACGAAUCGACAGUACCCCAAUCAAAACAGACAUGUAUGAGGCUUCACGAUUAUGAAUUAUUUUGCUUCACUUACAGACAAGAAUUACGUUUCCAUAAUUGUUCAAGUCUCAUCGAUGAUGUGUUAACAAAAUUGGCGCCAGUAAAACUUUCCUAUGUGAACUUCUCUGUUUCAAAAAAUGGCCUUUUUUCUUUCAGGCUACAGACUUUUGCAGGAAGUAGAUGAGACUGAUUGUAGAGCUAUUUGCCUGCUGGAGGCGGAUUGUGUAGCAAUUGAGGUAUUCAACGGUGGAGGUCAAUUUGCGUGGAGAGGGUGCAAGCUACUUGAUUCUAAAGGAAAGUACAGUGCAGAUGAUUCCAAAUGGUCCAAGACUGUGGUCUUUCUACCGAGACUGCAACGAGAAAGGAAAAAUUUUACUUUGUCUCAGCUCAAAGUCAAAGCAAAUCAGCCACGUCGUGGCGAAUAUCGGGCCUCUAAUAGUACACAGUGUGCUUCCUCUUGUUCAAAAGAUGCUUUUUGCCAAGCCUUUGUGAUGUGUAAACGUGAGCAAGGAAGUUGGUGUGAGAACGCCAAGGGCAACUGCCUGCUGUAUUCCAAACAGCAAAUAACAGCUGUUGAGAAAGAUAUGCAUUCCGAGCUGCAUUUUGUGUGGAAAGAUUACACUAAAGUUACAGAGGUAAAAUCAAACUGAUAAACACAUUAAUAAUCUAAAGCCAAAGAAAUUGAUAUACUUUGGAUAUAAUUUUUUGUUUAAUUCUAGUUUUGCGUUGUUAAGUUUUCCCUUAAAGUUGGGAAUAAUUCAUUGCGACAGAAGAGAUGAGAAUAGGCAUAUCUUUGUCGACCUAAUUGUUUACAUUUUUACUCAUUUGCGUUGGAAUAAACCCAUAGAAUUAAGACGUCACCGCGGGUACAACUUUAAUUCAAAAGUUAAAAGGGCCGGUUAAUUUGAGCAAUUUGUGCAAUUUUUAGCUCUUUGCAAGAAAUAACAAAGGAAAUAGCCGUUAUCGAAAAUUGCAAAAUCGCUGGAUGGCAAAAGCGUUAAUGAGCUGUUACAUUCAUCGUAAAGUUUCGAGUAUUUGGAAGAUAAUUCCUUCGAAACUGUUCAGUAUAUCGGGCUCAUAUUUUCAAAUACAGAUAGCUGUAAUUGUUAUUCUCUUUAAUUCUCUUUCAAUAUUCAGGGAGUACAGGAGAGGCCUUAGCGGCGAUCAAUUUAUCACAACAAGAGUGUUUUAUUAGAAUGACUCUCAAAGACUACUGCUAGUUUUGACCGGGGUUAAUUAAAUUUACGUAGUGAAAGUGCACCUUUUCUGGCUAAUUACAUUAUUAACACUACUACAUAGAUUUUGCCAACCCUAAAGGCAUAGAUAUCCAUUGUAUGCUUAUAAUAUACUUACAACAAUAAACUUAAAUUCAUUGCAAAUAAAUUAACAAAUUUUACGUAACUUUAGAGACCGUACUUUAACGUUUGAGGGUCGGGCUGCCCAGUCUACUUUAACGAGACUCCCAACACCCACCAUACCACUUUCUAAAGUGAGUUGGUGUGCUACUCA